AUGGAGAGAUUCAUCAACUCACUCCCCUCUAUCCCCGUCGUCGCAUCCAUAUUUCUCUUCAUCGUCUCCAUCCUCCUAUGGCGAUCAACCCGCUUCGGCCGCCACAGCGGGCCGCGAGCUGUCGGCGGAGCCUGGCCGAUAAUAGGCCACCUCCACCUCUUCAGCGGGCCGGGCCCCAUCCACAGGGUGCUCGGCAGCCUGGCCGACCAAUACGGGCCCAUCUUCACCAUCCGGAUGGGCCGGGCCCACCAGAAGGCCAUCGUGGUCAGCAAGUGGGAGAUCGCCAAGGAGUGUUUAACCACAAACGACAAGGCGUUCAUCGCCCGGCGUCCCCACACCAUCGCCACGGAGACGCUGGGAUACAACUACUCCGUCUUCGGGUUCACGCCCUACGGCCACUACUGGCGCCAGAUGAGGAAGCUCGCCACCCUGGAGCUCCUCUCCUCCGCCCGACUCGAGUUGCUCAGACCGGUCCGGGCGGAGGAGACUCGCGUCGCCGUGAGGGGGCUUUACGAGCUGUGGGGCCGAGCUGGCCAGACACAGAGCCAAAAAUUAGAGCUGUACGACCUCUGGAGACAGGCGAGGAAGGGCGGGAAAAACGACACCGUUUCGGUGGAGAUGAUGGGAUGGUUCGGUGACGUGGCGUUGAACGGGAUAUUGAGGGUUGUGUUCGGGAAGAGGGUGGGAUAUUACACAUCCAGGGAUGAGGAGAGUGCGAAGUUGAAGAAGUUGGUGAGGGAUUACUUCGACUCGGUUGAGAAGUUUGGGGUUGGUGAUGUGUUUCCGUGGCUGAGGCGGUUUGAUAUUGGGGGUCACGAGGAGUCGUUGAAGAGGAUAGCCAAGGACCUGGACGACGUUGUGCACGAAUGGUUAAGAGAGCACAAAGAGAGUCGUUGUGAUGGAGGAGGGACGACGGAGAAGCUGGAUGGAGACGAUUUCAUGGGUGUGUUGCUUAGCAUUCUCGACGAAUACGGUGCAGAACGUCAUGAUGCUGAUGCUGUCAAUAAAGCUACUUGCGUGGGUCUUGUAUUGGGAGCUUCCGACUCGUCCACAGUAGUCAUGUCUUGGGCUUUAUCUCUACUCAUGAACCAUCCUGAAGCCCUAAAAAAGGCCCAAAUCGAGUUAGAAGACCUAGUCGGAAUGGAAAGGCAAGUCCAAGAAUCCGACCUUCCCAACUUGCAUUACCUACAAGCCGUAGUGAAAGAGACCUUCCGCCUUUACCCUCCCGUUCCGGUCAACAUGCGGGGUCCAUCCGGAGAGGACUGUGUUGUGGCGGGUCGUCACAUCCCCAAGGGCACGCAACUCGUGCUCAAUUAUUUCAAGCUUCAGCGAGAUCCGCACGUGUGGGUCGAGCCAAAUGAAUUUCGUCCUGAACGUUUUCUGACGACAACUCACAAGAAUGUGGAUGUUAAGGGCCAGGAUUUCGAGCUACUGCCAUUUGGCGCUGGUCGGAGAAUGUGCCCCGGAGUGUCGUUUGCUCUCCACGUUGUGCAGCUGACACUGGCCACGCUGUUGCAAGGGUUCGAUUUUCGAACUACCACGUUUAGUGGUGCGAAGGUUGAUAUGGGGGAGGCCAUGGGAUCCACUUACCAGAGAGCUAGCCCACUAGAGGUUCUAUUGUCUCCAAGGCUUCCAUCACAUUUGUAUGGAUGA